CACAAAUGACUACAGCCAAGCCAAGAGUGGCGACAGUUACAUGUCGCGAAUAUUAAGACAAUCUUCGAGGCAGUUUUGAGAGUCGGCCGCCCGUUGUAUGAAUCUCGGAUUCUGUUCGUGCGUAGGGAGAUGAAUAAUAAGAAACGUGGAAAAGAGAGAAGGCGACUUCUACCUGGCGCGGCUAUCUUGGCCGAAAGCGCCAUGUUUGGCGAUCCGCUGCAGCACCGGUGGCCAUUCCUGGUUGUCAUCAUGCUGCUGGGCUGCGCUACAACUGCAAGCAGCGGGAAAAACCUCUGCAACGUUGCACCGGACGAGUCAACCAUGCUGCAGGUGGUCAAGCCUGUGGCAAGAACGCUCUUUAAAUGCGUCGACGAAGUCAUCCUGGCUUACAAAGUUCGUGGAGAAGUUGCGAGUGCGGUACUGCAACUGACUUGUGAAGAAUACCUGAACUGCGCUGGCAAAAUCAUGGGGAAGAAAGCUACCAAGGAAGGCCGCAACGAAACCAUACUCUGCCUGAUAAAGUACGUGGAACAGCACCUUCCACCGGAUUUACCGACAGGCGAUCACCACGAGCCACGGGAACUGGUGGCGCCAAUACUGGAUUGCCUGAUGAAGCGCCUCGACCUUCCCUUGGAAAACGAAAAGAAGGCCAACGCCGCGUUCCACUGGUUCUUCGAGAUUGUACGACCCUGAAACCUCGGACACCCCCCCCCCCCCCCCAGAAGGAGUUUCUGAAUUAAAUCGAUGAAUUCGUUCGUGUACAUAUCUAUCAAGGGGAGUGCGUCAGUGGGCUUGGUUGCUGAUGUUUUU